CUACCAACCAGUGAUUUAUCUUGAAGUGAACAUGCAUCAAAUGCAAAAACGGCUUUAUUCUCAAGUUUCACAGCAGACUUACUGCCGAGUGACUCACAUCACCGAUGCAUUUUGUAAAUCUUCCUGCAGUUUCGUCGAGCUCGUUGUGUGGUCGACAUAUGUUUAGCGGCCUAGACUGUCUCUGAGGUUCAUCGAUAUAAAACCCCAUCAAUCCUCUAGGGUCAAGUCUCUUUUACCAUCAAACUCGCGCUCAUAAUCACAAUAUUCGAACCGCCAUCCCACAUUUUUCUUUCCAGAUAUGAAUCCCGUCAACACAAAACCUUACACUCUCCCUGAGGAUGCAACUUGGCUAAUUACCGGCUGCUCAUCUGGAAUCGGUCGUGCCAUCGCAACUCUCAUAGCCAGCAAACCCAAGCAUCGCUUAAUCGCAACAGCCCGCAAGCUCUCCGACCUAUCCUACCUCCCCGACACCAACCCCAACAUCGUCAAGUUGGUACUGGACGUGACAUCCCCUAGAUCCGUCAACGCUGCAUUCGCUGAUGCAGCGCAACACUUCGGUUCCAACUUCCAUCUCGACAUUGUCGUCAACAAUGCGGGGUACUCGUUGUCAGGUGAUACGGUCAAUGCGACCGAAGAAGAGACUCACAAGGAGCUGGAGACUAUUUUCUUUGGAACUACACGUGUGACUACACGCGCUAUUGAGAAUAUGCGCCAGAGUGAAGGGUUCCGAGGCGGUUUUAUUUUCAAUAUUUCGUCUUUGGCGGGAUUGGUGGCUUUCCCUGGUCAUGCGUAUUACCAUGCGAGUAAGUUUGCUGUCGAAGGAUUUACGGAGUCUGUUGCGAGAGAAGUUCAUCCUGAUUGGAAUAUCAAUUUCUGUAUCGUUGAGCCAAGCGGGGUGAAAACCGAGUUUGAAGGCCACAGCAAAGCCAAGAUUCAACCACAUCCUGCAUACGCGGCGCCUGAUAUGCCGGCCAGAAAGCUGGAGCAUUAUGUCGAGAUGGGAAUCAAUGCCGGUGCGGCGGCUGGUAUGAUUGAGCCCGAGAAGUUGGCUGAGACUCUCUACACUGUUGCUAGUCGAGGACAAAAUAUUCCGCUUCGACUGCCUUUGGGAUUAACAACAUGGAGAAUGGCAAGGGCAAAAUUCGAAGGAUUCAUAAAGGAGUUGGACGAUCUUAAAGAAUUGAGCGCAAUGGGAAAGAAAGUUUGAAUAUCUCAGAAUUAUAAACGAGAUGAGAAUCAGGGUUCUAAGCCAUGCCAGUCCUUGCAGAUGACACUGUUUAUCGAGAUCUCGCUUAACAAGGUUCAGGAGGUACAGUAACGAGGCCCAUGACCUUGUCACCUCCAGAACCGCGUAAAAUAACCUGGACUCCGUGGAGAUGGUCAAGGGACCCAGAACUUCCGUGAAGCCACAGGACCCUG